AUGACUCUUUCAGAAAACGUUAUACAACUCGUAAAUCAAUUAAAUUUAUCAGAACACGAGAAACAGUUAUUAGAAAAUACACCUAUUGAAAUUAACGGCACACAAAUCGACCAAUUUCUUUCAAAAGAAAAAAAAAGAAAAAUCUUCUUCAAAGAAAGUAGUCCAACAAAAAAAAUGGACGCUCAAAGUACUUAUCCUUAUUCAAGCCAAGAGGUUGAAUUGGUGGAGUCUGGACAAUUAUCACUCAGUCAAUUAUUACACUUGUUUUGUAAUCAAGAGAUAUUCAAUAUGGAAGAUGAUGAAUGUUUAAUACUGGAGAUUAUUUGUAUGGGACAAUAUACAACACAAGUUCAUCUCAAGUGA